GCGGGACGGGCUGGGCGCAGGAGGGAGCAAAGCAGCGCCGGCAGCCAGCGAGAUGCAGCACCGAGCCUUCCUCCUCGCCCUCCUCGCCCUACUGGCGCUCACUUCCGCGGCAGCCAAAAAGAAAGAUAAAGUAAAGAAGGGCGGUCCGGGGAGCGAAUGCGCGGAGUGGGCCUGGGGGCCCUGUACCCCCAGCAGCAAGGACUGCGGAGUUGGUUUCCGUGAGGGCACCUGCGGAACCCAGACCCAGCGUAUCCGGUGCCGGGUGCCAUGCAACUGGAAGAAGGAGUUUGGAGCCGACUGCAAGUACAAGUUUGAGAGUUGGGGCGCGUGUGACGGAGGCACUGGCACCAAAGCCCGCCAGGGCACACUGAAGAAGGCGCGGUACAAUGCCCAGUGCCAGGAGACCAUCCUCGUGAUGAAGCCCUGCACCCCCAAGACCAAAACCAAGACCAAAGCCAAGAAAGGGAAGGGAAAGGACUAG